AUGAAUAAAACAGGUAUAUCGACAUCAGCUGGCAUCAACGACUUUCGCGGUCCUACGGGUGUUUGGACAGCUCAAGCAAGAGGUUUUGCACCACCACCACAAACUGUUCGCCAUCCAGAACCAACAUUGACACAUAUGGCGUUCGUCGAACUAAUGAGAAACAAUUAUCUUAAAUUUUUAGUUUCUCAGAAUUGUGACGGUCUUCAUCUUAAAAGUGUAAUACCAACGAACAAAAUUGCUGAACUACACGGAAAUUCCAAUGGUGAAGCUUGUGCAAAGUGUGGAAAAGUCUACUACAGACAAGGACAUGUCCACAACUAUGAACAUAAAACUUGGCUAACGGGAAACCUAUGUACAACGCCGAAUUGUAAUGGGCGUCUACGUUGUACAACUGUUGCAUUUACUCAAUCGAUGCCUGACGUUCGUUUGAAUAGAGCAAUUGAAGAAUCACAACUGUGUGAUUUAAGUCUGUGUAUGGGAACGUCGAUGCGAGUUGCACCUGCAUGUAAACUCCCAGCUAUGAAUGUAGAUUCUGGACAAAAAAGAUGGUCAUUGUUAGUAAGUGUAUUUUUCGUUAGGACGUUUUCAUGA